ACGUGGGGCGGGGAGCAAAACAAACGGCCGCCGCGCGCGGUUCGUUAGAGCCGUAGCCGUUGACUGUUCCCAGGGGCCAUGUCUCGCGGGCGGGAGCGCGUGGUGGCCCUGGCGGACAUGGACUGCUUCUUCGCGCAGGUGGAGCAGCGCCGGGAGCCGCGGCUGCGGGGCCAGCCCUGCGCCGUGGUGCAAUAUGACGCAUGGCGGGGCGGCGGGAUCAUCGCCGUCAGCUACGAGGCGCGCGCCUUCGGGAUCAGCCGGGGCAUGCGGGCGGACGAGGCCCAGAAGCGCUGCCCGCAGCUGGUGCUGGCGCGGGUCCCGGAGGCCUACGGGAAGGCGGAUCUCACCAGAUACCGAGAGGCUAGUGUAGAGGUGAUGAAAGUGAUGUCGCGCUUUGCUGUGAUUGAGCGUGCCAGCAUUGAUGAAGCCUACAUGGACCUGACUGGCACUGUGCAAGAGAGGCUCAAGAAGAUGCAAGGGCAGCCUAUCCCAGCCGAGCUGCUGCCAACUACCUACAUCCAGGGACUGCCAAAUGUCUCUACAACAGCAGCAAAGAAAAAGAGUGUGGAUUGCAAAGAGGAUCUGCGGCAGCGUGGCUUGCACCAAUGGCUUGAGUCGCUGCCUUUUGGUGACAUCAGCUGUCCAGAGCUGCAGCUGACAGUAGGAGCAGUAAUUGUGGAGGAAAUGAGGGCAGCUGUGGAAGCAGUUACUGGACUGAGGUGUUCAGCUGGGAUUUCACACAACAAGGCACUGGCAAAACUGGCCUGUGGGCUGAACAAGCCCAACCGCCAGACGCUGGUAUCCCAGGGAUCUGUCCCACAGCUCUUCAGCCACAUGCCCAUCAGCAGCAUCCGGCACCUGGGAGGGAAGCUGGGUGCCUCCAUCACAGACAUACUGGGAGUGGAGUACAUGGGGCAGCUGACCCUAUUCAGCGAGUCACAGCUCCAAACUCACUUUGGAGACAAGACUGGGUCCUGGCUCUAUGAUAUGUGCAGAGGAAUUGAACAGGAACCUGUGAAACCCAGACAAUUGCCUAAGUCCAUUGGUUGCAGCAAGAACUUCCCUGGGAAAGUAGCGUUGACCACUCAGAAGCAGGUGCAGCACUGGCUCUUGCAGAUGGCCUUGGAGCUGGAGGAGAGACUGAGCAAGGACAGAGACCAAAACUGCCGGGUGGCCAAACAGCUGACUGUGAGCAUCCGCAUGCAAGGCGAUCAGCGAGCCAGUGCCCUGUCACGCUGCUGUGCCCUGCCUCGCUAUGACGCCCACAAAAUCAGCAGUGAUGCCUUCAUGAUCAUCAGAAACUGCAAUGUGGCUGGAGCCCAGCAGGCUGCAUGGUCCCCUCCACUUACAUUUCUGCAUAUCUACGCAAGCAAGUUUUCUGAGGCUCCCACACUCUCACCUGCAGGCAUUGCUGCCUUCCUGACCAGUGAUGCCCAGUGUACCCUGCCAGCUGGCACCAAUGCAACCAGCCCAAAUGCCAAGUGCAUUGGGAGCCCAAGAAAAGAGCCCAGCAAGAAGCCCAUGAAUGCUAUUGAGUCCUUUUUCCGGAAGGCAGCAGAAAGGCAGCGAGCCCAUGGGGCCAGAGAGCCCUGCCUGCCUGCUGUCCCCAGUGCAGAGGCAGAGUUGUCAGUGCCUGAUCCCUGUGGCCACAGUGAGAGAGAAGGUCUCGUCCUUAGCAAGAGUCAGACUCCAGAAGCUCUUGUGAGGCACAGUCCCAAGGGUGGCAGCUCCCCCUCCCCAUACAGAUGGCUUCCCCCUGAGGAGUUGCUCCCUUAUCCUGCAGAAACCCCUUCUGCUGGCCCAGCCUCCAGGAGCACUGUAAAAACAGAAUCAGCUGGAGCAGCUGCUUCAGAGCUACCUGCGUGGAAGGAGCAGAGUUUGCCACCCUCGGCUGGGUUUGUACAAGGCCCUGCCAGCUCCCCAGCAGACCAGCUGCACUGUGAGAAGUGUGGCCAGCAGGUGCCAGUGUGGGAGCUCCUGGAGCACAUGGACUAUCACUUUGCUGUGGAGCUGCAGAGCUCCUUCUUAGAAGCCAGCCCUCUCAGGGUCCCUGCUGCUGCUCCCAGUUCUCCUGCCAAGAGCAAAAGCAACGCCAAGACCCCUGGUGGCUCCAGUGCAAAGCGACCCAGGCAAGGAGUGACCAGGACUCUGGAAUUCUUCUUUAAACGGCUGCCCCCCUAGGAGCUCCAGGACCAUUUUAGCCUGAUGUUGAGUGAUUUGUGAAGUUUUUAUCCUUCCUGUAAAUAACUUUUAGCCAAAGAUUGCAUAAUAAAGGUCUGGAACCUA